CGUAGCGCAUCUCCCCAAGGGUCCUCAUAUAUAUUUUUUCACCGUGGCACACAAACACACAAUGCUUUCCUGCCAUUACUUUGCUCAACGCAAUGGGGGUUUAGAAAAACUAAUAGCCCACUAAAAAUACUUGAAGCCCGGGGCCUGGGCCGGGGCUUUUCCUGCGCUGCUUCCAGUGUUCGCGUGGGCUAUUGAGGAAGUAGGAAACGAGCAGCUCUGGCUGUGUGGGGGCUUCCUGCACGACCUUAUAAAGAGUACCCUCCCUUCAGCCUCCCCUCACAUUGUUGACCAGAGCCGGUGGAGAUUGUGGGUGAGCCCCUGCUCCACAUCUUUGAUCGUAGACUGAACGCUAAGCUGAGAGGUUUGACGUCGCGGUGGUGGACGUCAAUUCUCGUCCCUGCUGGUCGGGGUACGAGUAGGGAGCUGGUCUCACCUAACAGAUGUGUCUGGAACACUCCAGUCUAUUUAUUUAAAUCAUUUACACACACAGACAAGCACGAUGGAAGCACUUGGAGGUUACAGGAUGGAAAGAGAGCAGGAGCUGAGAGCUGAGGGAUAUGUGAAGGAGUUCACGCGCCACUCCAACGAUGUGCUGCUCAACCUGAAUGAACUCCGGCACCGCAACAUCCUGACUGACACCACCCUGGUCGUUGGGAACGUGCACUUAAGGGCUCACUGUGCUGUGCUCGUGGCCUGCAGUGGGUUCUUCUACUCGCUGUAUUCCCGCCAUGUGACACUUCAGGGGCCUGGUGGCAGUGGGGAGCAGCUCAUGAUUGUGACUCUCCCCAACACCUUGGACCCAUCCAGCAUCUCCCUGCUCCUCGACUUCAUGUACACCUCCCGUCUCCCUCUGACAACAAGCAUUGUCCCGGGUGUGCUCGCUGCUGCAGCCUACCUGCAGAUGGACCACGUGGCUGAAACCUGCAAGGAUUUCAUGCGCCUGCACUGCAGGGAGAAUAUAAGCGCAAGACACCUACGAUUGGAGCUGGACUCCAGAGUGUCUGUAGCCUCUGUAGCCCCGAAGUUAGGGGACCUGCCUCAUUCAGGACCAGUGGCAGGGGCAACAAGGUUCCCUGAGGAGGGUGGGGGCUCUCUCAAGCGAGGGGCUUUCCCGUCCUGCCAGCCCAGGACAAAGGAACCAAGAGGAGAGCCAGAAUCACUCCACAUAUCCACCCCGAUCCCAUCUCCUGACAGCCCAGCCCGCUCCAGCUGCCAACCCAGCUCUCCAGCCGAGUCCAACACCUGUAACAAAAACCUUGUGAGUGACACCAAAGCCACACCAGACCCAAAGGCCUGCAACUGGAAGAAAUACAAGUACAUUGUCCUCAACCCUCUGUGUGCUGCAAACACAGUGAAGGAGGAGGACAUGGACGAAGCCCAAAGUCAAGCAUCACCCAUCACGGAUAUGGCCGGCUUGACACCCAAAGCCCCAGCAGAGGCGUGGUCUGGAGAAGUGCCUGGUCAGAUUGAUAGACAGGGGCAGGCCUCCUGCUACGAGGGUUCUGGCCGAGCCCCUCCCCUCGGGCCACCCCCCUCUCUGGACCCCCCAAAAGUGGCCCCCACUCACAAGGAGGGAAAUGUUUCACCCUGCUCCAUCUUCCCACAACUGGACCCAACUGAUCCAGAAGCUGCCAACCACAAUCAACAUGCAAUCAAGCGAGAGAACUACUAUGUGCCCUACUGUUAUUCCGGCAACAUACAAGGAACCAAGACUGCGACCGGCUCAGGUGACAAACCGUACCGCUGCAAUGUGUGUGGUGCCCAGUUCAACCGCCCCGCCAACCUGAAGACUCACUCCCGCAUUCACUCAGGAGAGAAACCUUACCGCUGUGACACAUGUGGAGCACGAUUUGUUCAGGUUGCCCACCUCAGGGCCCAUGUCCUGAUCCACACAGGUGAGAAGCCUUACCCCUGCCACACCUGUGGCACCCGCUUCCGCCAUCUGCAGACUCUGAAGAGCCAUCUACGCAUCCACACUGGGGAGAAGCCUUACACUUGCGAGAAGUGUGACCUUCACUUCCGCCACAAGAGCCAGCUGCGUCUCCACCUGCGGCAGAAACACGGAGCUGUCACCAACACCAAGAUCCGCUACAAGGUCCUGACCGAGCCGUACCAGCCUUUACUGCAGGCCUGCUGAAGAGGACGGCCCGUCACUCAAUAAUCACGACGAGCAGAAUAAUAUUUGAAUUAGAGAAUGUGAAACUUGGUUCAUGUUUCUUCUGCUUCAGUGAGGUUUGUCUAUUCAAAACAAUAUAUUACAGGUUAACUUAGUGUCCUGGGUGGUUUUACUGAGAUGGAAAUGAUGUUAAGAAAGGUGUUUUUGAGGGUUUGUGAAGGGAAAGAAAGAAGGAAAUAAGACGUGAAAAGAAGGGAUUGUAUGCAAACUGUCAUGUGAAGAAUUGUGUGUAAAUUGUGUCUGAAAGAAAGCUGAAGCAGGUUUUACGGAGGAAGAUAUGAAGGUGGUGUGUUUUAAAGAUAAUUAAACCUGAACGUGGGUUUUAAGUGCGGAGAAGCACGGAAGUUGUGUUAAGAGGAAACUUUGACAUGUAUUUAUCUUUACCUUGAGGCCUGGGGCCCGUGUGUAUGCAGUGAUAUGUUUCACUUUUUAUGGUCCAAGCAGGCAAAGGACGUAGCUGUCUUGUAGUGAAUAGAGCGUAAUUAGAUGAUGAUGUGUUGUUUUCUGAAAUGAGGAAAUGGAAAGGGACGAGUGUAAGCGACUGGAUAAUUAAUAAUAAUGUUGAUUUUGUAUUUGUAUGGGGUAAUUUGCUGGACAAAGUUGGUUUUUGUACAAGAUAAAUUAAAUCAUUUUUAUACCAAUUGGA